AUGAAUACCAUCAGGAAUACCGGAAACUGGAUCUCCCACAAGACCCAAGGUGGUGCUCACGCUGCCAGCAAGGAGACAAACAAACAAGUCGCUAAGGACCCCAAUGUUCGAACCUCCACGCGCAUUCGAGCUGCAGGCGACGCCGUCAAGGACAAGAUCCAUGAAUCUUCCCACAACCGUACUGCCGAUGCGAACAAGCAUGCAGCCAAGCACAAUUACUAG